AUGGGCACAUACAGUCUUGUUUGGAUUACCUGCCUUCUGUCAUUGCUCGUUUUAGUGGAGGUAUCCCUUGAAGACGAAGAAGAGGAGAAACGUCCUCAGUACCAUUGCCACACUUGUAACAGCGGGGACCCUAAGGAGCCUAACGUCAACUGUCUGGGUAACUCAUCCGUGAACUACCCCACCACGUGGAAGGCUAACUGUACGGAGAAGUGCUUCAUCAGAACAAACAUUCUCUACCCUGGCACGACGUACCGCGGCUGCACGGAGUUGUUCCCUCAGCUACCCAAACCGCUGGCCGAAGACGGCUGUUACCGCUACUAUUUGGACACGUGGUGCCUCUGUAGUACGGAACUCUGUAACGGAGAUGCCAUGGGUGAGCCAUCAGACAAAGAGCUUGAUGAACAUCUGUGGGAUUCUACAGGGGAAACCCCUGAGGGUGAAAAUCAUUCACCCAAUACCAUGUGUCGUUUGCCGCCAUUCAUUUUAUCGCUCAUUAUAGGUCUUUUUGUCCAACACAACCUUUUUGUAUAAAAUAACAUUAAUUUUUCUUUUCAAUCAGUAUGAAAACAAUUGUCCAUCUAUAUACAAACAGCCACUAGCUAUCACUGUGAAUAGAAAGGAAGCGAUACAUUGAAGAGCAAACUCCUGACAGGGAACAGCCAAUGUCAUGUGCCAUUUGCCACCAUUCAUCCUCUUGUUCAUGAUGAAUCCCUAGGGCGAGUCCGUGUCGCCAAAUUGCUGCCGACACCAAAGUAUCAUGUCGAGGACACCAGGCAUGACACUCCGCCC